ACGGUUGGUUGGUGGUGAAGAAACGCAGAGAAACAGAAGAAACUGCGGCCGACAAAUGUUCGCUCAGUAUGGAUCUGGAUCUGGAAACAGCCUCCCCAGCAUCCAGCUGUGUGUCUAUGAAGAGCAGCCACUCCAUGGGUGAACCCUUAACGUUUAAAGAUGGAGCUGUUUCCACAGAGCAGAGAGUCCAGCCAAAGAGACCAGACUCUCCGGUAUCCAGCUGUGUGUCUAUGAAGAGCGACCAAUCCAUGGGUGAACCCUUAACGUUUAAAGAUGGAACUGUUUCCACAGAGCAGAGAGUCAAGCAGAAGAGACCAGACUCUCCGGUAUCCAGCUGUGUGUCUAUGAAGACCGACCACUCCAUGGGUGAACCGUUGACGUUUAAUGAUGGAACUUUUUCCACAGAGCAGAGAGCAACCGGUCCAUCUGCUGUUGUUGGAGAGAUAAUCUGUGGAUCGUCUGGUUCAUGCUACGUUUUCAUGUUUUUCAGUUCCAAGCUUGUCACUGGUCACUCCAACGAAGCGUACGAUGAAGCAGAUCUAGCCUCCGUAUUUGUGCGGCUUGAGGAAAGCAUCUUCACUUUUGUGAAGACUGAGCUGAAAAAGUUCCAGGAGGUUCUUCAGCCAGAUUACCCAGAGUGCUCACGAGGAUGGAAGGCGGAGGAUGAGGAGGAGGUGGAUGGUGAGGAAGAAAAACGAAGGAAUAGCAGCAGAGAAGCCCUUCUGAGGAUCACGCUGCACUUCUUGAGGAGCAUGAAGCUGGAGGAGACGGCCGACUGUUUGCAGAGCAGAACUCUUGUUACCGUGUGCCAGAGCAAGCUCAAAGCCAGUCUGAAAGAGAAGUUCCAGUGUUUGUAUGAAGGAAUCGCUAAAGCAGGAAACCCGACGCCUCUGAAUGAGAUCUACACAGAGCUCUACAUCACAGAGGGAGGGAGUGGAGAGGUCAACGACGAACACGAGAUCAGGCAGAUUGAAACGGCCUGCAGGAAACAAUCCAGACCAGAAGAUGUGAUUAAAUGUGACGACAUCUUCCGACCUUUACCUGGCAGAGAUCAUCGACCAAUCAGAACCGUGCUGACGAAAGGAAUGGCUGGCAUUGGGAAAACCGUCCUAACCCAUAAGUUCAGUCUGGACUGGGCCGAAGACAAAACCAACCGCAACAUUCAGUUCGUGUUUCCAUUCACUUUCAGAGAGCUGAAUUUACUGAGUGGAAAAAAGUACAGCUUGAUUGACCUUCUUCAUCUCUUCUUCACUGAGAUCAGAGAAGCAGACAUAUGCAGAUUUGACCAGUUCCAGGUUGUGUUCAUCUUUGACGGUCUGGAUGAGUGUCACCUUCCUUUGGACUUCCACAACAAUGAGAUCCUGGCUGAUGUGACUAAAGCCUCCACAGUGGAUGUGCUGCUCACAAACCUCAUCAGGGGGAAGCUGCUUCCUUCUGCUCGCCUCUGGAUAACCACAAGACCUGCAGCAGCCAAUCAGAUCCCUCCUGAGUUAGUUGACGUGGUGACAGAGGUGAGAGGGUUCAGUGAUACCCAAAAGGAAGAGUAUUUCAGGAAAAGAUUCAGAGAGGACGAGCAGGCCGGCAAAAUCAUCUCCCACAUUAAGAUAUCACGAAGCCUCCACAUCAUGUGUCACAUCCCAGUGUUCUGCUGGAUCACUGCCUCGGUUCUGGACCAUGUGUUGAGAGCAGACGAGAGACGCGAGUUACCCAAGACCCUGACUCAGAUGUACAUCCACUUCCUAGUGGGUCAGUCCAAAAUAGGAAAUGUUAAAUAUCGUGGAGCGUCUGAGACAGAUCCACUCUGGAACCCUGAAACCUGCAAGAUGAUUCUGUCUCUGGGAAAACUGGCUUUUGAGCAGCUGCAGAAAGGGAACCUAAUCUUUUAUGAAUCAGAUCUGAAAGAGUGUGGCAUCGAUAUCAGAGCGUCGGUGUAUUCUGGGGUGCUCACAGUGAUCUUUAAAGAGGAGUGUGGGCUGCACCAGGACAAAGUGUUCUGCUUUGUUCAUCUGAGCUUUCAGGAGUUUCUGGCUGCUCUGUAUGUCUUUGUGACAUUCGUCAACACUGGUGUCAACUUGCUGUCGGAGUCACAGUCAAAGUCCUACGGGUCUCUACGGUUAAGACAGAAAUCAAAAGUCAGCCUCCUCUACCAAAGUGCUGUGGACAAGGUCAUAGAGAGUUCAAACGGACACCUGGACUUGUUUCUUCGGUUCCUCUUGGGUUUCGCAUGGGACACCAAUUGGACCCUUUUACAAAACCUGUUGACCCAAUCAGGAGGCAGCCAACAGAGCUACCAGGAAACAGUCAGAUAUAUCAAGAAGAAGAUCAGGAAGAAUCCAUCUCCAGAGAGAUGCAUCAAUCUGUUCCACUUUCUGAACGAGCUGAAUGAUCAUUCUCUGGUGGAGGAGAUUCAACAGUCCCUGAGUUCAGGAAGCUUCUCCACAAACAAACCGUCUGCAGGUCAGUGGUCGGCUCUGGUCUUCAUCCUCCUGUCUUCAGAAAAAGACCUGGAUGUGUUUGAUCUGAGAGAGUACUCUGCUUCAGAGGAAGGUCUCCUGAUGCUGCUGCAAGUGGUCAAAGCUUCCAGAAUAUGCCUGAUGAGUGACUGUAAGCUGACAGAGAGAAGCUGUGAAGUUUUGGUCCAGGUUCUUAUGUCCAAGUCUUCACGUCUGAGAGAGCUGGACCUGAGCAACAACGACCUGCAGGAUUCAGGAGUGAAGCAACUGCUCGUUGGACAGUGGAGUCCACAUGGUAGACUGGAAACUCUACGGUUGAGCGGCUGUAACUUGUCAGACAAAAGCUGUGAAGAUUUGGCCUCAGUUCUCAGCUCGCCGUCCUCCAGUCUGAGGGGCCUGGACCUCAGCAACAAUGACCUGCAGGACUCAGGAGUCAAGCUGCUCGCUACUGGCCUCGCAAGUCCACACUGUAGACUGGAAACUUUACGGCUGUCGGGCUGUCUGGUCACAGAGGAAGGAUGUGCUGCUCUGGUCGCGGCUCUGAGUGCCAACCCGUCAUAUCUGAGAGAGCUGGACCUGAGCUACAACCAUCCAGGAGACUCCGGAGUGAAGCUGCUGUCUGCCGGACUGAAGGAUCCACAGUGGAGACUGGACACUCUGCGCGUGGACCAUGGUGGACGGCAACACUUGAAACCCUUCAAGUAUGCCUGUGAACUCACGCUGGACCCAAACACAGCAAACACAAAGCUCUCUCUGUCCGAAGACGGCAGGAAGGUGACGGCGGUGACGGAGGAGCAGCCCUACGACGAACACCCAGACAGAUUCAACCACUGGAAGCAGGUUCUGUGCAGAGAAGGCCAGAGUGGGCGCUGCUACUGGGAGGUGGAGUGGAAAGGAUGGGUCAACAUCGGCGUGACGUAUGGAGGCAUCAAGAGGAAAGGGCAGGAUGGCGACAGCUGCGUCGGAGAGAACGACCAGUCCUGGGGUCUGUUCUGUUCCGCCAACGGUUACUCUGCCUGCCACAAUAAGAGAACAACAGACAUACGGGCUCCGUCUUCCUUUGACUCGGGCAGAGUAGCAGUGUAUCUGGACUGGCCUGCUGGCUCUGUGUCCUUCUACAGAGUCUCCUCCGGCACUCUGAUCCACCUCCACACCUUCAACACCACGUUCACCGAGCCUCUGUACCCUGCGUUCAGGUUUAGGUCAGCGUCUGCAUCCGGUGCUUCAGCGUCUCUGUGUCAGUCUGAGGAGGGAGAGUCUCCUCCAGGAUAGAAAAGGUCAUAAAAUGCUCGACAGCACUGCUGGAUAUUUGAACCUAACAAGUCCACAACCACCGAGCUUGAGUAUGUUGUUUCCGUUCGUGCAUUGUUGGUACGUUUUGUCCUCCUGAUCUGAGGGUGGUAGAUCCGACUCUGGUAUGAGUUUCCUGAUAGUUGCACAGUCCAGAAUUCUUGCAUUUUUGGGGUUGUUUCAGGAUGAGAAAGCUCAACAGCAACAGAUGUUUGUUCAUGUAUCUACACUAAGACAAAGCUAUGUACCUUUACAUAUGAAGAGUUAAUUUCCAAAAACAGAAUUCCAUUUUUGUAGAUUUUUCAGAAAACAUUUAGUCUGUUGUUGUUUGCUUGAUAUAUAUAUAUAUAUAUACAGUUGUGACUUGAUAAUCUGACCCGUAACAAUAGCAACAGUAUUAAUAACAGUAAUAACAGUAUUUAUCAGUAUUUAUCCACCCAAUAAAAAUGUGUAAGUUUGUUUCUGACCACUAGAGGUCAUCAUUUCAUCAAACAAUACCAUAUUUUCAUUGGCGUUAAAUUAAAGUGCAAGAACAAUCAUUUGGUGUUAAAAUCAGUCACGUAUGUUUUAUUGAUAUUACAAAAAAUAUGUAACACACAUUCCAAACUGUGUAUCAGUGACAUACCAAGAAAAAUUGACGACAGCAACAGUGGGAGCAGCUCAGCCUGGAAGAGGUCAUUGAAGAGAGAAGUGGAGAGUUUAUUUUAUGGUUUGAUGUUGAUUAUAAUCCAGAUGCUUGUCUAAAACAAGCCUCUAAACCACAUUUAAGUGAAAAUAUCAGCUGAUUUUCACAGAUCUUCUCUCACCUUCUCACCACUCAUCAGAUUUAAACCUAAAACAUCACAUAAAAAAGAAAACAUGUCCAAUA